CACAGGAGCCCCAGCGCCCUUUUCCCAAGCACAGGUAGUUAUUGAUCAGAGGCGCCCGAUCAUGCCUACUGCCGUGCCAGUCGACGACCAUGGCGGUCCUUUGACAAAGCGGCGCAAGACCGCCGUCGUGCAAAAGGCACCAAAAUCUCAAACGUCGCGCAUCUUUGCGCCGUAUAGGACGAUAGGUCUCGUUUCACCGACUCAGGUCCCUUUUACAUCAAUUGGUCUAGGAAAGACUACUUUCCAGAUCACAACUUCGGUCGGGCGCAGCCUACAAACCUAUGACCUCCGCCGAGGACUGAACCUCGUUUUCUUGAGCAGGCCUCAGACACCUGAAGAGAUAACAGCGACGAUUGCGUGGAAGGGCUUUGUCCUGGCAGCGUGGGGUGCGGCCAAACCUGGUAGCCCCGUCGGUGUCUGGAUUUUUCAACGUGGUAAAAAAGUCAAUGAGCUGGAACUGCCGGCGGAUCUGAAGGAACCCAUCCAACAACUCCUUGUAUUUGGUUCGUGGAUUGUGGGAUACGGCUCUACUCGAAUCGAAAUUUGGAAAUCGGCCACCUAUGAGCAUUAUACGACGCUUUUUCCUCUCGGUGGCAGUACCACUGGUGCGGUUCCGGUCCUCUCAGGCGGCAUGUGCACGAUGCCUACAUACCUUAACAAGAUAUUCAUUGGCAGGCAGGAUGGAGGUGUCGAGAUUUGGAACUUGAAUACAGGGCGUUUAAUCUACACGAUUCUGCCCGAAUCCUCCGACUCCGGUGCUGUGACGGCACUUCAGCCUGCGCCGGUGCUCUCUUUGCUAGCAAUCGCCUAUGCCAACGGUACUGUUGUGAUUAAAGACGUGCGUCUCGAUCGCGACAUUUUGAAAUUCAACCAAGGAUCGUCAACAAAGACGCCAAUUUCGUCAAUCACGUUCCGGACUGACGGCCAGGGGGCCGGAGAGGAUGGAAGAAUGGCUGGUGUGAUGGCUACGGCAGGCUCGGGGAAUGGCGAUGUUACUCUCUGGGAUCUCAACGACGGUGGUCGCAUCAUGGGUGUGCUUCGUGGAGCCCACAAUCCUCCCUCCGCGGUACACGGUGGAGUAUCCGGAGGCAUUAGCAAGGUUGAAUUCCUGCAGGGACAGCCCGUGAUGGUUACCAGUGGUCUCGAUAACUCUCUGAAGUCUUGGAUCUUCGAUGAGACACCAUUCUCGCCGAUCCCUCGCAUUCUUCAUUCUCGCACGGGGCAUGCUGCGCCUGUGACCCGUCUCGAAUUUCUGCCUUCGGACUUUGACGGCGCGGAAUCAGGAGGGAAAUGGCUGUUGAGUUCUGGAAGAGAUCGUAGCUUGUGGGGCUGGAGUCUCCGAAAAGACGGCCAAAGUACGGAGCUGAGCCAGGGCAAGAUCCGUAGCAAAGCAAGGAAGCUGGGCAUUCUUGGUGCAGCAGCGGGAGCCAAGGACUCGAGCGCGAGCUUGGAGGACCUCAAAGCCUCUGAAAUUAGCUGCAUGGCUUGUUCGCUGAGCCGGGAUGGCGGCAUGGGAGCUGCAGCUUCAAGUGGAGUAUGGACAAACGUCAACUCGGCAAAGAAGGGGGAUGUGCUUGACAGUGCAGUGACAGGUUGGGAGAGUGUUGUGACCGGACACAAAGGGGACAAGUUUGCAAGAACAUGGUUCUGGGGCCGAAAGAAAGCUGGUCGUUGGGCGUUUGAGUCUGGCGAUGGGACCGAGGUCAAGAGUGUUGCCAUUUCUCCCUGUGGUACAUUUGCUCUGGUCGGCUCUGCUGGCGGAGCGCUUGAUAUGUUCAAUCUGCAAUCUGGUCAGCGCCGGCAGCGCUUUCCCGCUCCCUUAACACCGGCGCAAGCCAAGAAAAUCAAAAUGCAGCAGGCUGGCUCUGAGCUUUCUGUAGCGUCUUUGGCAGAUGGGUUCAAGAAGUUUGGUCCCGGACAAGGAAAGCACACCAAGGCUGUCACGGGAAUCAUGGUCGAUAGCCUGAACAAAACCGUCAUCAGUUCCGGACUGGACGGAAAAAUCAAGUUUUGGGAUUUCGCCACUGGUACUCUCCAAGAUGAGAUUGAUUGGUAUCCAAUGAGCGCCAUCACUGGUGCGCGUCAUCACCGACCGAGUGACUUGAUCGCUCUCAGUUGCGAUGACCUUUCAAUCCGAGUCGUUGACAUUGAGACCAAGAAGCUCGUCAGAGAACUGUGGGGUUGCGUCGGGCAGAUUAGCGAUUUUUGUUUUUCAAAUGACGGCCGUUGGAUCGUCGCAGCUUCAAUGGACUCUGUUGUCCGGGUGUGGGAUCUACCUACUGGCCAUCUCAUUGACGCUGUUCGGUUACGCAGUGCUUGUACGGCGUUGGCCUUUUCCAACACUGGAGAGUUUCUUGCCACUGCACAUGCUGACGGCGUUGGUGUCAAUAUCUGGAACAACCGGAGCCUCUUCACGCACGUCUCGACAAGACAUCUAUCCGAAGAAGAAAUCGCUGAAAUCGACGCUCCCACCGCUUCUGGCGAGGGCGGCCAGAAUAUCAUCGACGCGGCAUUUGACGAGGACGAGCCCGAAGACGGGUCCGGCCUCGACACGGCCAUUAGCACAAUCGACCAGCUCAGCAAGGACAUUACCACGCUCAGUAUCGUGCCCAAGUCGAGAUGGCAGACUCUUCUCCAUCUUGACGCCAUUAAGCAACGAAACAAGCCCAAAGAAGCACCAAAAGCACCUGAAAAAGCGCCCUUUUUCCUUCCUUCUACCUCUACCGGAGACGACAAACCUUCUGCUAUUUCCACCACCACUACUUCUGCUGCUGGCGGUGCUGCCCCUGCUGGCGCAAACACAAUCACAGCCGCCGAGCGCUCGCGCAUCGCCAAGAUGGCGCCCGGCGCGUCCGAAUCGCGAUUCACGUCCUUGUUGCGCUCCGGCGCUCAGUCUGGAAAUUACGACCCCUUUAUCAACCAUCUCAAAACCCUCCCCCCCGCCGCCGCAGACAUUGAGCUCCGUUCAUUAAAUCCCCUCUCCGCGAGCGCCCUCGCCCCCUCAUCAGAAGAAGAAGACGAUGAUGAGGAUGACGAGGAUGAUGGAAGGAGAAGAGGAGGACGAAGCGAACUAACCACCUUCAUCACCGCACUGACAUCCCGCCUGCGCCAAAAGCGCGACUACGAGCUCGUGCAGGCCUGGAUGGCCGUCUUCCUGCGCGUGCACGGGGACAGCGUUGCGGCGGCGGACGAAGCGGGGGCGCGGGCGGCGCUGCUCGAGUGGCGCGCGGAGCAGCAGAGCGAGGAGCGGAGAUUGGGUGGGUUGGUUGGGUUUUGUAGUGGUGUUGUUGGGUUUAUGAGGAGCGCGAGGGUUUAG